CGCGCGGCUCAUACGUAGUGAGGCCGGCAUCAUGACAGCGAGAACACAGGUCGUCUUGCUGUGCUUGGUUGUGAGCCUGGUGUCAAUAAGCGAAGCGCUACCGAAGCCCGAUAGUGCGGGGCAUGCUCCGCUACCCGGGCCUGGACUUUCUUAUGGCGGCAUACCGUACGGUAGUGUGAGCGGCAACGUUGCCGAGUACUUCAGGGGACGGCCAUCUAGCGGCUACGGCGGUGCACUACGUAGCGCGGACGUCGAGUACGCGCCUAUUGAACAGUACUUAUAACAGAUAGCGCUUAUCAAAGUGAUGCGUAGUAUUGAUUUAAAUUUAAUUUAUUGAUUGUUAAUCUAUGUGUAAGUUUAGCUUUUUUUUGUAUUUUAAUAUAUAAUAAUAAUAAUUUUAAAAAU